CGGGGGCGUCCGGGCACUCAGCAACAAAAAGGACGCGGGUCACCCAAGGGAGGAGCUCACGCUGCCACCCAGACGUUUAGCACAUCAUGGCAGACAUCGUCAGGAAGAGCAAACAGCCACUGGCCUCGCUCUCUGCCUUCAGUUACAUCCCCGAGAGAAGAGACGAGAGCGAACAGACUUAUUUCGGUAACCAGAAGAAGGGAGUAUCAGUGUUGACCUAUGACCGGAUUUUUAGGGCCCCACAAGGCUACAAUAAUAAAAUUCAUCGUGAUGACCGAGAGCAUGCCAAAAGCCUUGGUCUUAACGUAAACGCUGAGGAAAUGGCUCGUUCGGUUCCAGUCCUGAAUUCAUCACAUUAUGGAAAACGGCUUCACCUCAACAUUGAUCCAAUAAACCGCUCUUUUGUCAGAGUUGCCCAUGUGCAUGCAGAAUUUUACCGAAAAAAUGGCAUUUCGAAAUCCGUUGAAGAAGGUUAUGGAACAGUUGUACCAGACUAGUCCUAUCUCCCUUUUCUUGACCAAUUUCUAAAAAUAAAUUUCAUUAAAUGCAGAUUUAAUCUCUUUUUAAGGAACUUAUUGACGGAAGUGUAGUUUAGUUCCUAAUUUGAAGGUUUUUCUGAUUUGCUAAACUGUGCUCUCCCCCGCCCACCCUCACCCCAACCCACUACAGUUUCUCUACAGAUUACAGAAAUUAGGUUCAACAAAUUUCUCUUUGUAAACAAUACAGUAAAAUCCUGAUAACUCUA